CAUACAUACAUUUCACAAAUAUAUAUGGAGAGAGAGAAGCACACCACAACUGAUGCUCCUUUUAUUUGAUCAAUCUUUGGAACUGAGAACUACAUACACAUUUUGAGGCUUUUCCAGCAGUGUCGUCUACACCAGCACCCAACUUUUUGCUAUCAAAGUAAGUAAUGAAGAAGGCCCCUAUUAACAACUUCAUUGCAAGAUAUGGAUACAACCACUUCCUUUGGCUAAGAAGAUCCAUGCACAUGCUUUUUGUUGGAUUGGUCUUGUUGUGGAUGAUUCUCUUAUACUAUUAUGCUUCUACUCGUUACUUCAUUCAUGUGUCAACAAAGGAAAAGUAUGACCCAAAGCUAGAAAGUAUUCUAAGAAAUGCAUCCAUGAAGGACAACACAGUUAUCAUCACAAGUUUGAAUGAAGCAUGGGCAAAACCAGGUUCAAUAUUUGAUGUGUUUCGAGAGAGUUUUCGAGUUGGAAACGACACAAAAAAUUUCUUAAAUCAUUUGGUGGUAAUAAAUUGGGAUCAAAAGGCACAAGCACGUUGCCAAGCCAUACACCCAUAUUGUUAUCAGAUUGAAUCAAAGAGCGAGAAUGCCACAUCAAAGGAAGCAUUUUUUAUGACCAAAGACUACCUCCACAUUGUGUGGAGAAAAAUUGAGUUUCUUGGCUUUGUUCUUCAAAUGGGGUACAACUUUGUCUUUACGGAUACUGAUAUAAUGUGGCUAAGGAACCCCUUCAAAUAUUUACAAGAAGAUGCAGAUUUUCAAACUUCUUGUGAUAAUUUCAAUGGCGACUCCUCCGACCUAGAUAACGCUCCAAAUACAGGGUUCAGCUAUGUAAAAUCCAAUGAAAAAACCAUUUGGCUCUACAAGAUUUGGUUCAAUUCUAGGAAGGACUUUCCCAACAUGCAUGAUCAAGAUGUGUUCAACGAGAUCAAAAAACUCCCUCAAAUCUCAAGCAUGAACCUGAAAAUUAGGUUUCUUAGCCCAGAAUAUUUUGGCGGAUUUUGUGAGUACUUCAAGGAUUUUAACAAGCUUUGUACGAUGCAUGCUAAUUGUUGUGUUGGAUUGAAGAACAAAAUCCAUGAUCUUAACAACUUUCUUGAGGAUUGGAGCAAGUACCGGGCGUUGCCUCAAAACAUGAAAGGCAAAAAGGCACAUUAUUAUCAUUCUUGGAGUGUGCCAUCAUCAUGCAGGUUCUAUCCUAGUAUAGAGUAGAAAUAUAAAAUUAUAUAGGCGUUGGAAUAGAUUUUAAUAAAUUAAACUCCGAUGUUA